UUAAUUUGUUUAAUUGUUGUUUGAUUGAUUAUUCAGUUGGUUAACUUAAACGUUAAUUUGAUUCUGGUUCAUGAGAAAAGUUGGUUUAGUUAGAUUCAGAUGAAUUAAACAGUUUUCAAGAUAAUGAACUUGAAAUUAAAUAAAUACUUUUAAUUAGAAUUGGAAAGUUAAUUGUUUCACCUGAAAUUGUUUAAUUAACAAUUUGUAGGAUGAACAGUAACUAUCGUCAAUAGUAAAUCAUUAAUAAUGUCAUUGUAUUUUUUACUCUCUGUUUCGAAUGAGAUUAACUAAAUUAGUCUAAAUUAUUUUUCUUGUUGAAACUCAUUGAAAGGUGAUUACGAUAAUAAUGGGAUCUUUAAUUGUUUUGGUUCUUAGUAGUUUGUUCAUAUUUAACUCGGUGAAUAUUAUCAAGUCUCGAACUCUAAGUGAUGCUACAAAUCGUUCAGGAUAUAAAGCGGAUGAUAAACGGGAUUUAUCGAAACGUCAGGUCGAAGAUACUGAGGAAGUUUUUGAUGUUAAUAAUACUUUUGAAAAUGAAGUCCAAGUCGAAAUCGAAGACGAUGGUCAAGUGGAUGAUAAUUCAGAAGAACAAGUCGAAGAAGAGGUAGAAGAAGAAGGUCAAGAUAUCGAAAAAUAUGAAGAGGACGAAGGAUCCGAGGAACAAGAAGAGACUGAAGACGAUGAAGAAAAUGACGGUGAAGCUCAAGAAGAUGAAGAAGGAGAAGAAGAAGAAAAGGGAGAGGAAGAGGAAGAGGAAGAGGAAGAAGAGAAUUCGGAUGAAGAGGUAACAGAGGAAGAAGAGGAAGAUAAAGCCCAUCGAGAAUCUCACCUUGGUCGAAGAGCCGGUAAUUCGAGAAUUGUAUCGAGUAGAAAUGGUUUUCCCACUCGAAGAGGAAACUCAAUCGGACGAGAGAGCAACAUGGAAGAUCUUGCUCACAAAUUGGGAGGUGUAGUUAAGAGUAUUAGUCAAAGUUUUCGAUCUAAAAUGAACGAUGGUCAAGAGUCUCAUUCGAUAGAUAAUCCAAGGCCAAACAUGAACAAUGACGUAAGUUCGACCUUUAAUUCUCAGGCCAAUGGUGAUUCAUCAAUCGCCUCGAGCUCCACUCAAGGAACUCAACCAGGAAUGAAUUCAGAUACUCAGAGUCGAGAGGCCAUGAUACCAAUGAUGAAUAAUGAACAAAAAACCGAACCUAAAAUGGACUUUGGCCAAACCGAAUCAACUAAUCAACUUCCAAUCAAUCAAAGUCCAAUUAAUUUGAUGUCAUAAAAUUGAAAUGAUUAAACAAAUUAAUCCAACAAAUGAAAUUUCAUCUGCUCAUCUUAAAUUGUUCAAUUUAAAUUUCACUUAUUGAUUGAAUUUUAAUCUUGUUCAUCAAUAUCAUGAGUCUAAUAAUUAGAUCAAAAUUUAAUCACGAUCUUCAAUUGUUAAUAAUGUUUUUUUUUGUCAUCAUGAUUUUCAUUAUCAUUACCUUUUUAUAUAUUGAAUAAAAGUAUUACCAUAAUUAUGAUACAAUAGCGUCAUGAUUGAUAAAACAAAUUUUUCAUGAGGAAAAGCAAAAGUUCAGCUGAAUUGAUAUUCAGAUCAAAUGAACUUUGUAUCUCCAUCUAACCAGAGGGAGCUUU